AUGCAAAACCACCGAAAUCGCAUUAUCGCAGUGCUGCCCAUAAGGGCAUGUCUUUUUGGGUUGUUAGCCUCCAUCGGAGUUAGACACGGAGGUGCUGCACGCAUCUUCCCAGUAGCCAACAACCCUUGGGGGAUUGCAGAACAUGCCGCCGUCUACCCAAGUGCAGACCUUAUCUGCCACGCGGCAGGUUGCACGAGCAGAGACACCGGUACAUCAAACCCUAUAGAUCCACAUUGUGGUAGCCAGACAGUGUGCCAAGAAUGCCCGACCCCGGCUCUUACCACGGCCGAUACCUGCUACCUAUCGCGAAUAUUGCCAGACCAAGUUAACCUGAUGGAGGGACACUUGAACAACAUACGUAUGGGAGAGGGCGCGUCCGACAAUACAACAUCCGAUGCGGAUGAUGAUGAGGGCUCGUUCCUACAGGCAGUACCAUUUGAAAUGCAGUUUCAACCAUCUACAACUGAAACUGAAGUCAAGUCGAAUAAAGCCAUGUGUGCGCUAGACAAGGACGGCACUAUCGAUGCUGUGGUUCGUAUUACGGUGCAAUGGUACAAGACACCGAACAAGGGUAACUCACAACCCACAGAUGCGUAUUAUGAAGGUUCUAUGCUUGAAAUAACGCAGAACACCAAUCCAACAGAUGAAAUCGUAUUGGCACAAAAAGUUGCAAACAACCAAUCCUUUCUAGAAUUCUUUCCAGGGAUGAUGGGCAAGUUGAAAAAUAUGAACCCCUUCAAAAAGUCGGAUGACGACUCGUCAGACGACGGUGGCGACAGCGGUGACGAUGGCCACCAUAUGUUGAUGCAAGCUGGAUCAUUUGCUCAUAAUAAAAUCAAGCGCCUUUUCACCAACACAAAGUUACAAAUCCAUUUCAGCGUAAGCCAUAGGAAGGUAACCAAUUGUAGGCAACAACAACGUUGGAAAGGGACACUGCAUGGUAAAUCGAUGGUGUUCACGGCCACUCAACACGUCAAGAUAACUCCUGCGGAUUUUCAGACCAAAUUCUUUAAGGAAGCUAUCAAGAUGAACGUGACCUGCAAGAACUGUGAAAACAUUGAAGCUCGUUCGUGUGUUCAGAUUACUUGUACCAAGAAGCCUCCGUUUACACGCAGAUACAGCUCCAGCCUUCAGGCAACACUUCCCACCUCAGGUGUAAUGCAACCGUCUUUCCCUACACCAUCACCAGCUUUCGUGGCUGCGCCACAACAGGCUGGUUUCACUGCACCGCCCGUUGGGCACGCUGUACCACAGCACCUGCACCUGCGACGGUGA